UGCAGAAACUGGGUUCACAGCACGAAGGAUUUGUGAAGCUGAUCGGCUCGGAGGUGCUUAACAACCGCGAGAGUGGCCAUAGCAACGCAGAAGUACUUAUAAUAAUGGAGCUGUGUCCGGGAUCACUGAUUCACAUCAUGAACGACAGACGAGAGGGCUUUGAACCGCAUGACGUUGUGCGGAUAUUCCAUGCACUGACGGCCUCUGUACGAUUCUUGCACGAGCAGAACCCCCCCAUCAUCCAUCGAGACCUAAAGGUCGAAAAUAUACUCGUAGACAAAAAUGGGAAUGUGAAACUGUGCGAUUUCGGGUCGGCGACCACAAAGAUAUUAAGUCCCAAAAGCGCCGCUGAGAUUGCGAUGGCGGAGGAAGAAAUUCAGCUCAACACUACCCCGCAAUACCGUGCCCCUGAAAUGUGGGACUUCUACGAGUACGGUUCAGUAGAUUACAAAUCCGACAUCUGGUCUCUCGGAUGUGCUCUUUACAAGAUCUGUUACUACCGUACGCCGUUUGACGACGGCUCUAAAAUGGUCAUUUGUAAUGCCGAACUAAAACUGCCGCCGGCCGUAGGAUCCAAUGUGGUUUUCCACGACAUGAUGCGCGCCAUUCUUAAGAAAGAUCCCAAGCAGAGACCCAAUGCAGGACAGAUUCUGGAAAUGCUGACCCAAAUCUCAAAUAAAUUGGGCCCAAAACCGAGAGGACCAGACGCCUUGGCCCUGCCGCAGGAAGAGAUGCCGAUUUCUGGAAGUAUAGGGACGGAUGAAGUGAAAGAUCGCGUCAUGGGAGCGUUUCGAAGUGUCAAGAACAAAGUGGAGGAUGCCGUGGCUGGUAGCGGACUCACAAACCCCGCAAGCAACAAAGGCGUUGAGAUUGAGGGCGACUUCAACUAUACUUACAUCACACCACGCAUCAUGGGCAUGCGGGUACCGAACUUCAAGGCGGUUAAAUCGUUCGAGGCGGUGCAGCUGUGGCGCGUGGCCCUAUCGCGCGGUGUGUACCAGUACAUGUACAACGACCUCUCCACAGUGUUUUUGCAACAGCUCACACCGCUGUUGGCGGUGCUACAGUCUGGGUAA